GAGAGCCGCGCUCAACGUAGCGCUGCCGCGCGAGACAUGACGGUUAGUUCACUUCGAUAGCUCUACGAGUCUGCACGUGAAUUUUCCCUGGUCUCUCUUGUCCGAUUCUGUGUGUCAUGUCUGUGUUUUGAAAUUUCUCAAUCAAAUCUCUCAGCCAAAAGCAAAAGCAAAAGAAUCUCAAAUCGGAAUCGGAAACGGGAACAUCAUCGGAAUCUGACAAUCAGAGUACUUUUUUAUCUGUGACUUGAGACCAACCAGCAACCAGUAACCAGUAACCAGCAACCAGCAAUAGCAAUAGCAUUCAGCACUCAUUAGCAACAUCGUCCCAGAGCCUUGCUAUGAUCUGAAAAAAAAGCGAAUUUCCCCGCAAACCGAAUACUAUUUUUUAUUGGCCCACGAAAAGUGCCAAGUGUUUAAAAAGUGCUAUUAAAAUAUAUUACAACCACAACCACAACAACCACAACAACAACAACAACAAAACAUAAAAUAAAUAAUAAAAAGAUCCCAGAGAUCCUAUCGAGUAGAUAAAUUUUGAAUUAAAAAAUAUUCAAAGAUUUACGAUCCAUCAUCGAUCCAUUCGCCGCGUUGACGUUGCCGCUGACGUUGCCGUCGGAAUUUUCGAGGGCCGCGAAAAUUGAAGACUUGUUGAGCGCCAGACGCUGCUGGAGAGGAGAGGAGUCGCCGCUGUCGCCGCCGCUGCCACUGCCACUGGAGGUGCCACACCAUCGCCCAGUGUCGCCGUCGCCGUCGGUGCCAUCGUCGCCCCUCGUCGCCAAUUGGAAUAUUUUUGCGCCUGCCACGUACCCCGUAAAAGACUUCAAGACGGUUGCCUCACGGUUCGAGUGGAAUGAGCAUAGGGACACUGGUCUUCCUUUCGAUCGAUCGGUGUACAAAGUCGUUAAACUGAGCCCCAACUUGGAGCCCUACCCCGCCAGCGUGGAGGGCCUGAACAGCCCCAGAGCGGUGGGGAUGGCCGCAACAUCGUAUAUGACGCCGCCCAGCGGUGAUCUUGACAUGGCCCUCGGUGGCGGCGGCGGAGGCGGUGGCUAUCACACAUCUUCGCCCCGCUCGGCCGCCGAUGCCGGCGAGAUGAAGUACAUGCAACACCAUCAUCAUCAUCAUGCAGCAGCCGCAGCGGCAGCCAGUGCCCAUCACCAGUUGCCCUCCUCCCCGUCGCCCAAUGGCCAGGGAAACGGCGGCGGCGGAGGCCUGGGCGGAUUGGGUCCCGGUUCCGGUCUGGGCUCGUGGAGCGCCUUGCAUCCCGAUCCGUGGUCGCUGCCCACACACCACACGCACCACCAUCCCGCCGCCGCAGCUGUGGCCUCGGCAGCGGACACCGUCAAGCAGGAGAUGUCCCAGCAUCUGUCGCAGCAGACACGCAUCCAGCAGGGCAUGGCCUCGCCCUCGCCCCAUGCCGCCUGGCAUGCCCCACACGCCGGCCACUACGCCCCGACUGGCGGCUCCCCGUUGCAGUACCACCACGCAAUGAAUGGGAUGUUGCACCAUCCGGCACAUGCGGCGGCGGCCGCGCACCACCAGAGUGUGGCGCCACUGCAUCAUGCACUGAGGGGGGAGUCCCCCCAGCUGCAUAUCCAUGCACAUCACAUGGGCGGCGGCGACCGGGACGCCAUCAGCGGUGGCGAGGAGGACACCCCCACAUCCGACGAUUUGGAGGCAUUCGCAAAGCAGUUCAAGCAGCGAAGGAUCAAGCUCGGGUUCACACAGGCGGACGUGGGCCUGGCACUGGGCACCCUCUACGGGAACGUCUUCUCCCAGACGACCAUCUGCCGCUUCGAGGCGCUGCAGCUGAGCUUCAAGAACAUGUGCAAGCUGAAGCCGCUGCUGCAGAAGUGGCUGGAGGAGGCAGACUCCACAACGGGAUCGCCCACAUCCAUUGACAAGAUCGCCGCCCAGGGGCGGAAGCGCAAGAAACGCACCAGCAUCGAGGUGAGCGUGAAGGGUGCCCUCGAGCAGCAUUUCCACAAGCAGCCGAAGCCAUCGGCACAGGAGAUCUCCUCGCUGGCGGACUCGCUGCAGCUGGAGAAGGAGGUGGUCCGCGUGUGGUUCUGCAAUCGCCGGCAAAAGGAGAAGCGGAUGACGCCGCCCAAUACCCUCGGUGGGGAUAUGAUGGACGGAAUGCCGCCGGGGCACAUGCACCAUGGGGGCUACCACCCACACCACGAUAUGCACGGCAGCCCCAUGGGCACCCAUUCGCACUCGCACAGCCCCCCGAUGCUCAGUCCCCAGAAUAUGCAAUCGGCGUCGGUAGCCGCUCACCAGUUGGCGGCUCACUAGCAAUCAGAAAUCCAGGAGUCGAACUCAGCUGCAGCUGCGUCCACUCCUGCAUCCCUCAAUAGUCUUAGCCAACAGCAACAACAACAGCAACAGCAGCAACAGCAGCAGCAACAGCAGCAGCAGCAACAACAGCAGCAGCAGCAGCAAGUGUUGCAACAUCAGCAGCAGCAUACACCGAACACACCGUCGUCGAGUGUGGGAUCAUCGGCAACGAUGACCAGCCAGGUAAUGUCGCCGCAGAGUCCGCUGGGCAGCUCCUCCGCUGGCAAUCAGACUAGCAACAAUAACAACAACAGCACCACCAACAACAAUAAUAAUAAUAACAACAACAACAACACGGAGGAGCAGGUGAAACACCACCAACAACAGCAGCAGCAGCAACAGCAGCAGCAGCAACAGCAACAACAGGCCUCCAGCAUAGCAGCCGCUGCAGCAGCCGCCAUGUACAUGGAUCCCAUGCGCUACCAGCAUCCGCAUCAUCCCCAUCCGCACCAGCAUCCGCACCUGAAUCCCGCCCACCAUCCGCAUCUGUUCCAUACGAGCGACCAGCUGCAGCAUACCCAUGCCCAGCACUUGCAACAGGCGGCCGCAGGCGUCGCCUCCUCGGGGGGCAGCAGUUCCCAGCUCUCGCCCGGAGCCGGCAGCAACAGUGGCCUGCCGCUGCAGCCGCCGAGUGCGGCAUCGCCGGGCUCCGCCUCGAGUGUCCUAGGGGGGCAUCUCAAUCUGAAUGCCCAUUCGGCGGCGGCGUUGCAUCAGCACCACCACUACCAGCACCACCAUCACCAGCAGCACCACCACCACCAGCAGCAGCAGCAGCAGCUGCACGCACGCCGCCUCUUCGAGCUGAGCCUCCAGUUUGGGGCCGCCGCAGCGCCCGGUGCAGUGCGUCACUUCAAUAGCUUUGGCGGUGCGGGCGGCGCCGGUGGGGAAUAGCAUUCGUCGGCCGCCUGGUUUGGCUACGAGUCCUCCUAGGAUUCGGUGUCGAACGGGUGGCCGCAUUUCAAGCGUGAGCCGCAGCCGUAGGAAUCAGCUAUAGAAAUCGGGAAAUAUAUAUAGAAUACAUCUAGUAGAAGGAAGGAAGACGGAUCUAGGGGAAAAAUUCUCAAUAUUUUUUUUUUACCAGUGCAUUAAUCUGUGUUAAAACUUCAGCUAAAAGGAGGAGCAGAAAGCAGAAAGCAGGAAGCAGGGAUUCAUUUUUGAGGAGAGAAGGAGCUGCCAUCCACAAACAAUUUUUUUUUUAAAGUUUAAAAAACUUGAAUUAAAUCAAAUUAACUAAAUUUUUUCAUACAUAUGUACAUAUAUGUAAUGAAACUACACGCAAUUCAAAUCAAACGUGAAACCAAGUGAUGUUGUUUUAAAAUUUAAAUAAACUAAAAACUAAAAAUUAAAAACUAAAUGACGGAAGAACGGAAUGGAAGGAAAAAAAACAAAACUAGUUAAAAGUGCGACUCGAGUGUUAAAAAACCAAAAAAGAAAAAAUCAAAUUCCUCAGCUGCUCUCCAAAAGCAACAAAAGGUAAAUCCAAACACAGUCCACAGAUACUUUUUUUUUUUACUAUAUACUGUGGCGCGGUUUAAAGAUACAAGAAACACCACACAACACGAAACACGAUCGAAUGUUCUAGCUAGGGUUUAAGGUUCUUAAAAGCAAGCCCCGUGUUUAUAUAUAUUAUAUAUAUAUAGCCAGUAGAUUGUACUCUAAAAACAAAAACAAAAACCACAACAACCAUCUUUAUAAUCGAAUAAAAAACGUAGAAUUUAACGCGCGGCGAAACAGAACGAACGAUGAAUCGAAUCGAAUCGAAGAAUCCCCCAAAAAAUUAAAAAAACAACCAUCUGUAAAUAAAAUGGAAAACAACUUAAAGUUAAGUCAUAUUUCUUAGCUUUAAAUGCAAUUGUAGAAUUUUUUUUUUUAAUAAACAAAAAAAAACUUUGAAAAACCAUAUGAAAUAAAUACAACAAACAUUUAUAAAAUAUACAAAUUGUACGAGUAAUUUCUAGGCGGUAAUUUUUAACGUGAAUUUUAGUUACUUAGUACAGUACUCUCUCUCUAUAAGCAAGAAACCCCCAGAAAUAUAGCUAAAUCUUAAAAACUAAAUAAUCGAAUAAU